GUACGUGGUGGUGGAGAACUUGCGGUACAUGUUGGCUGACUACAACAGCGACGACCCCAUAUACUUUGGGUGCAGGUUCAAACCUUUCACUCAGCAGGGCUACAUGAGCGGCGGCGCGGGGUACGUGCUGAGCCGCGCGGCGCUGGAGCGGUUCGUGACGGCGGCGCUGCCCGCGCCCACGCUCUGCAAGGCCAGCGACCACGGCGCCGAGGACGCGGAGAUGGGCAAAUGUCUAGCCAACAUCGGUGUGAAGGCGAUGGAUUCGCGCGACUCGAUGCACCGCGGCCGUUUCUUCCCGUUCGUACCGCAGGAUCAUCUGUUCCCGAACAAGGACAAGGGAUUCUGGUAUUGGAGCUACAUCUACUAUCCUAGUGACGAGGGUCUCGACUGCUGUUCAGACCACGCGGUGUCUUUCCACUACGUGAACCCCGAACAGAUGUACGUGCUGGACUACUUGAUAUACCAUCUUCGACCUUACGGCAUACGGUAUGGGAGCGGCGACCUGCCCAAAAUACUUCGCAAUAGCACCAGAGAGUUGGAACAUCAGUAAAUAUGCACUUGAUUAAUGCUGAGAGAAUUUGGUAGUUAUUAUUCAAGUUAAAAAAUAAGUUCAAACAUUUCAUAUAAAGAUCAGGAUAUGUUGGUUUAGCCAAGGUUAAGCCGAAAUAUUUUUUUUUCUGUAAAAAAUAUGUUUCUUAUACUCCAUAAAUUAUUGCAGAAUAUCAUGCAAUAGCAUUUUAUUAAAUAUUUAAAACAACACUAAGUUUUCUCAGCAGGUCGAGUGUGGAUUAAAAACAUUGUAACAAAAGUAUUGCAAAUAACAUUCCAAAUGUGAUUGAGACUUGAUUUUAUAAUUUAUAGCCAAAUUCGGUCAAUAAACUAAGCUGUGAAGUUAGCACAAUUUUGCUUUUGAACAAUGUUAUUGUAUGGAUGUUGUAGAUUCAAUUCUAAGUUUUAUCGAUUUAAGUAGGAAUAAGCAUAAUCGGAAUCUCAAAUAAGUAUAUUGGUCUCCUACUUAAAAAAAAUCUCAUACGUAUCAGAAAAAAUAUUGAUAAUAGUUUUUGAUCGAAUUUGGUAAUACUGAAAUUCAAAAGACCAGUAAAAUUACAGUGAAAUUUUGUAUAAAUAUGUGAACGAAAACAUUCUUGUAUAUUUGUAAAUCGUCAUAGUAUAGAACGUAGCAUAAUAAUGAAGUGAGAAAUAUAAUAUAUACUGCGUAAUAUGUAGCUAUUAUAUUGAUUUUAAUUAUCAAUAAUUGUAUAUCGAUUGUCGAUUCAAGUAUCGAUAAUUGUUUUUAUCGAUUAUAAUCAAUUGUCGAUGCUAUUUGUGUAAAUACAGACGGCCAUAACUUGAUGUCGUACCAUACAUUAUAACAUAAAUAAUUUUGUACUAGAACUUACCAUUGUUACAUGUGUUUUAAAUGCGAACAGAUUACAGUAUUGUGAAAAUACCUAACAGUUAACUACGUCAGUUUUUUAUAUCGAUAAAAAAUACCUUAAUUUACAGUUAUCGAAUAGUGAUGACAAAAUAUGUCGAUAUUUUUACUAUGUUAAUAAAAAGUCGAAAUGUGAAGUUAUGGUUUGCCUGAAGAUGCUAUAAUUAUGCGCAUUUAAGCGUUUUAGUGUGAGUUAUUAAUCUUGCCAUUUGUAAGUCGAUCGUAAAUUGUAAACAAAAGUUUCUUAGAGAAGAUUUUUAUUGUCUACUGAUUUAAGACAAAAUCUUUUGAUAUUUAUAAAGGUAUCGCCAGUUGUUGAUCAUAAAUCAACAUUUUUUCAUUGAAUCACGAAAUAAAAUUCAUUUUUGCUAUAUUUUUCUCAUACUAUUUUUAUAUAGAUGUAGAGAUAAUUUGUAUAUAGCCAUUUUGUCAGAAGUUUGUUUGAGAGAGAUGACCAUAUCGACCGCGGUGGUUGUUAAAGUAUCAGUAAAAUACCGAACGCUUUCUUAAAUGUUUUCUAGGUGGUGUUGAUAAUUUCAAAUCAAGGUCACAAUUUAAUAUAAUAAUAAUAAUAAUUUGCGGUCGACCAUUAUUGUUAAAAGAGCAUAAUAUAUUAUUAUUUAUAAAAUACUAUAUCAUGUCAUCAGGGUCAGUGCAUUUACAUAGAACACGUGCUUUUAGACUUAUUUAAUUUAUUGUAAGAGUUCGCGAAUUGUGUAAAAACAUGCUGAAUAUACCAAAUUAGUUUAAGGUAGAUAGUGGAUUUUUUAGGCAAUGAAUCGAUUUUUUCCCUUUAUAGUUAAAAAACUAUGAAAAACAAAGCUUUUGGCAGUCAAACAUUUGUGGUGGAUUUAAUAAUUAUUUAAAUUUAGUUUCAUUCGAUUCGAAUAUUUUCAGUCAAAUGUCUCGUACUGCUUUUUAGGUAUUAUGACAGAUAUCCCUAAAAAUUGGGAAAUUUAGAAAAUUCCUUCAUUUUGUACAGUGAGCCUAGACCCUAUCUAUUCGAAUGGUGAUACAUUACCUUAAAAAUUUACUAUUUAAAUACUGUGUUAAAUUUAUCUCCAAAUUCAUCGAAUAAAAGAAUUAAUGACAUAAAAGUAAAUUGGAUCUCAUAUAAAUAAUAUUAUGUGGAUACCUCCACUGUUAAUAAUAUGUUUAGGGAGCAUUCAGAUAUUAUCGAUUCGAGGAUGUUUUUCGAAAAGCUGUUUUCUGCUUUUAUCACAAAUUGAUGUCUAGCGCAAUUUUAAAAACUAGUCUUCACGAAUAGAACUUGAGUGCGAAAUCGAUUUAUUAUAAUUUUUCUAAUCGAUAUGUAAUCGGAGCGAAAUCAGGCUUUGGUAUAAAAAUAGCCACCUUGAAGUUGGACCUCUUUAAAAUAAAAUAAUAUUAAACUCAUCACAGUCAGGAAAUACCUAUUAAUCUUUUAAGAGUGUAAUCGAUAAAACCCCUAAAAUCGAUAAUGUUCUCAAGUUCAGAAUACGUUAUGAUAAUCUUGGAAUCGUUUUAAUGAAGCGAAUACCCGCACGCAAUGAUUAUGUACGGGACAUCUCUUAUUGAUAGCAAUGAUAGAUUGUUUUUGAUAAUAGACACCUUUUGCUAUUUGCUAAACUUAUGUGAUAAAUGAUAAUGAGUACGCGUUAGCCGUCGAUCGGGUCUCUAGACGCACUGAAUGUAAAAAUUGAUUUUUAGAUAAAAUCGAUGCGCCACGCCAACUUGCUAACGCGGCAAUCAUUUUUAUGUAUGGCGAGCCCAUACAGAUUACGUCACAUGUUAACCAAAGAUUUUUGAUAGCCAGUAAGUUUUGUGAUGGCACUAAAGUAGUUUUAUCACGAGUUACCAUACGUAGGCGAUAUAUUUAUAUGGAUAUUUUAUAGAAUACGUGUGUCAUUGUAUGUUUUAAGUUUUAUCUAGUGUGUUUUUGAAUGUCUGAUUUUUUAUUCGACGGAUAAUUUUUAUCGCCGCGGACUAACUUUGUGAUUUUAACAGUUUCUUGUAGGAAAAGUGUCAGUUAUUAUUUGGAUCAAAAUUAUCUGGGGCUUAAAAAAUCAGACGCAUGUUAUAUUACAAAUUUAAUUUAAAUUCUGGCGCGGAUUAGUUUCUUUUAUGGUUUGAAUUAUAUUUUAAUACUGAAAAUAAGUUCCUAUUUGACAGCCGUGGUUGUCAACUUUGAAAAGAAAUCGAGGAUAAGUAUCCUGCUGAAAAGUUUGUGGGCUAUAACUAUAUUUGGGUUUAGGUUUUGUGCCAGAGUUCCUCGUAGUUCCUGAUACAACACAUUGUGUCAGGACUGUUUUAUUUAUUUAUAAUUUAAUCCGAAAUAUAUGUCCCAGUGUAAAAAUGCUCCAGUGUACAAGAGCCAUAAUAAGAAUGUCAUUUUCGUAGAAUUUUUUCGCUUUAUGGUUUUGCUCAAUUUCUUUUAUUAUUUAUGAUUUAAUAAAGACUUUGUGAAAUAAA